GACUGUUAUGUUGUGUGGUCUCUAUGGACAGUAUUAAUGGAAGCAAAGUGGCAUAUUCCAUUAUCCAGUUUCAGAUAUGCCGAAACUGCGAUCAAUCAAGACAAGUGACACAACACCAAAACCUGUCCCCAAUCAACUUUGCUUAUCUUUCAAGAAUCUUGUAUAUACAUCACAAAACCAUAUAUAUCAUCGAACUUCAACUCAAACAACAAACUCUAAUGGAGAAGUAUGCACUCCAUAUUUUUGUUUUAAACUUUUUCUUUGUCAUAAUCGCCAUUGUUACCCAAAAUCAGCCAAUACCAACCACUUUACAGGGCCCAUUUGAGCCUGUGACUCGUCGUUUUGAUCCUUCUUUACGUACUGGCAGUGAUGACUUGCCUAUGGAUCAUCCAAGGCUGAAGAAGAAUGUCACUUCUAUUUUCCCAGAACAGAUAGCUCUCGCUAUCUCUUCUCCUACUUCAAUGUGGGUUUCUUGGGUUACUGGGGAUGCCCAGAUUGGGUCUAAUGUGACUGCUCUUGAUCCUUCAUCUGUUGCGAGUGAGGUUAUGUAUGGGAAAAACAGUGGAAAAUAUACAAAUCAAAGUAGUGGCAAUGCAACUGUUUAUAGCCAAUUGUAUCCAUUUGAGGGCCUCCUGAAUUACACCUCCGGCAUCAUUCACCAUGUGCGGAUUGAUGAUCUUGAACCUGGAAGAAAAUACUAUUUCAAGUGUGGGGAUAGCAAUUUUCCAGCUAUGAGUGAAGAGCAUGUCUUUGAAACUUUGCCAUUGCCUGGUCCAACUUCGUACCCUCGCCGAAUAGCAGUUAUUGGAGAUCUGGGUCUCACAAGUAAUUCAUCAACGACUAUUGAUCACCUGAUGAACAAUGAUCCCUCAUUGAUUUUAAUGGUGGGAGAUUUAACUUAUGCAAAUCAGUACCUCACAACUGGUGGGAAAGGAGCUUCUUGUUACUCCUGUGCAUUUCCAAAUACACCCAUUAGGGAGACAUAUCAACCCCGGUGGGACGGAUGGGGAAGGUUCAUGGAGCCAUUGACCUCAAGAGUUCCUAUGAUGGUCAUUGAAGGAAAUCAUGAAAUAGAGCCUCAAGUUUCUGGAAUCACUUUCAAAUCUUAUUUGACCAGAUUUGCUGUUCCAUCAGAAGAGAGUGGUUCUCACAGUAACUUCUAUUACUCUUUUGAAGCUGGAGGGAUACAUUUCAUCAUGUUGGGAGCAUAUGUCGAUUAUAAUAGCACUGGAGCUCAGUAUAAGUGGCUAAAGCAAGAUCUGCAAAAUGUAGACCGGAAUGUGACCCCUUGGCUGGUAGCUGCUUGGCAUCCACCUUGGUAUAAUAGCUACUCUUCACACUAUCAAGAAUUUGAAUGCAUGAGGCAAGAAAUGGAAGCACUUGUAUAUCAAAAUGGUGUUGAUAUUGUUUUCUCUGGCCAUGUUCAUGCUUAUGAGCGGAUGAAUAGAGUCUAUAAUUAUACAUUGGAUCCGUGUGGACCUGUUUACAUAACAGUGGGAGAUGGUGGAAAUAUUGAGAAAAUUGAUGUUGAUUUUGCAGAUGACCCUGGAAAGUGUCCCUCCGCUAAUGAUAACCCACCAGAAUUUGGGAACAUCUGUCAUUUGAAUUUCUCUUCUGGUCCUGCUAAAGGCAACUUUUGCUGGAGCAAACAGCCAGAAUGGGGUGCAUUUAGAGAAAGCAGCUUUGGACAUGGAAUACUUGAGGUAGUAAAUUCAACAUAUGCAUUAUGGACCUGGCACCGGAAUCAGGAUGCUUACAAGGAAGAUAGUCAUGGUGACCAAAUCUAUAUUGUGAGACAGCCAGAACUGUGCUCUCCCUCCAGCCCUAAAAGGGAUCAGCCUAAAUCAACUAGGAGCCCAAGCAAUGAAAACUCAGGUUACGCAGCUCUAUCAGGGCAAUGUAAGUGGAUACUGUCAAUUUUAUUCAUCAUGGUUUUCAUUGUUGUAAAAUGAUUGUGAGCAUGCAUGUAAUUGUGCUGAUUACAUUCCUCCUCUUCACUAUAUUUGUUCUUUUUCCAAGCACUCAUACUUGUGAAGUUCAAUCUAAAGUAUGCAAAAUUUUAGAUUUCCA